AUGACGGAGUCCGCUUCAGAGCAGCCGAGCCCGAGUGACACAACUUGCGCCGCGCCGGGCUGCCUCAAGGAAGCUCAUCUGAAGUGCUCGCGCUGCCAGACCGUCCGCUACUGCAGCAAGGCCUGCCAGGUGACGCACUGGAAGGCGGGCCAUUCCAAGGCGUGCCGGGCGGCGCCGGGCGCUCCAGCAAACCGUCCAGAAGAACCGGCACCGGACGCUCCAGCUGCUCCAGAAGACGCGCUCGCGCGCCAGGACCGGCUCCUCCGGGAGUCGCCGCGCGCCGAUUACGUCGUCGAGGUGGACAAGACGCACGACCGAGCCGUGGCCUUCGAGCGAAUGCAGGACCGGUUAUUGUUUCGGAUGCUGCGGGGCAAGGCGGGCAAACGGUGCCGCCGUUCGUUAUAUCUGAUGAACGACAUCCUCGCGAAGGCUCAACCGGAGCACGCGGAACGCAUCCGGCAACAAUUACGUUCGGAAUAUGGCGUCGACCCGCUCGAAUGUAAGAAUGCGCCCGUGGGAGGCUUGAAAUUGGGCGCGGACGCGCCGUCCUUUGACGACAACAUGGCCGACAUCGUGCGUGCGAUGCGCGCGGGAAAUAUCGACGACAAUGCUCUCCAGGCGGAGAUGGAGGCGUCCGCGGAGCGGCUUGCGGCCAGGAAACGGCCGGUGAAGCCGAGGUAAUAUGUAUGUGUUAGAUAAUCUAGC